UUUUGAAUGUCGAUAAGAACCAAAAACAAGUAACAACAAGACAAUAAAAAAUUAUUAUUAUUGUAAUAUUAAUAUUACAGUUUGAAAAUAUAGUGUCGUAAAUCGUUUUGAAAUAUUAUUUAAAAUUGUGAACAAAUUUUAAUUAAAUAAUUAAGUUUUUUUCACGUGUAGAUUUAAGUAUAAAUAAAAUUGCAAUAAUUCAAAUAAAUUAAUUUUCAAUAAAUAUUUCUUUUAAGAAUUUUCAACCAUGAACGAUUUUAGUAAAAAAGAUUUAGUCAAGUAUUUUGACGAUGAACGGAAGACUCUUCCGGUCACUCUAAAAAAAGAUCAACUUUGUAGCUUAAUUAAGCAACACGAAACUUUAAUCAUCAUUGGUGAAACGGGAAGUGGCAAGACUACGCAAAUUCCACAAAUCGUCUAUGAGCACAUAUUGAGUUCCAACGAAGACGUUGUAGUCACUCAACCUAGGCGAGUAGCAGCUAUAUCUUUAGCAGAACGUGUAUCAUUCGAAGUUAAUACUGAAAUUGGAGACUUAGUCGGUUAUCGUGUCCGAUUUAUAGAUAAAACCAGCCAGUUCACGAAAAUUAAAUUUAUGACCGACGGUAUGUUAUUAAGAACGGCUAUAUUAGAAAAAAGUUUAUCUGCAUAUGGCUGCGUAAUAUUAGACGAAGCUCACGAACGCACUGUCAAUACUGAUUUACUCUUUGGCAUCGUGAAGAAGGUCCAGAAAAGUCGUAAAAACGGUCAGAACCCGUUGAAAGUUAUUGUUAUGUCUGCAACAAUGAAUGCCGAUUUAUUUGCAGAUUAUUUUGGAAAUGCCCAAAUUGUUUAUUUACAAGGUAGGUUACACAAUAUCAACAUAUUCCAUGCCAAAAAAAAUGUAGAAGACUAUUUUCAUGAUACGUUCGUAACAAUAUUUCAGUUACAUAAAGAAGCACCCGAACGUCAUGACUUUUUGGUUUUCCUAACUGGUCAAGAAGAAAUAGAAAAUAUGGCUUUAGCAAUUGAGCAUAUCAAUCAAGACCCCUCAUUAAGAAGUUACCCUGUCAUCAAAGUAAGAACUCUCUAUGCGUCUUUGCCUACGCAUGAGCAGCUAAAAGUUUUCAUGCCGUUAGAAGCAAACGAAUUCGCUAGAAAAAUCAUACUCAGUACCAACAUAGCCGAAACAUCAGUUACUCUAACUGGUAUAAAAUAUGUUAUCGACUGUGGUAAAGUCAAAGUUCGAUGUUUUCAUCCAGAGACAUCAAUGGACGCGCUGAAAAUUGAAAAUAUAUCACAGGCUCAAGCUGAACAAAGAGCAGGGAGAGCUGGUCGUGAGUCGGAUGGUUACUGUUAUAGAAUGUAUUCUAAAAAGCAAUAUGACGAAAUGACUCAAGAUCCAGUGCCAGAAAUUCUAAGAUGUAAUUUGGGAAAUGUAGUGCUACAAAUACUAGCGAUGAACAUGGACCCAUAUAAAUUUGAUUUCAUAAACAAACCGUCAUCGGAGGCAAUCGAUCAGGCAUAUAAAAUGUUAGAAAAUUUAGGAGCAACCAAAAACAAAGUUCUUACUGAAAUUGGUCAUAAAAUGACUAAAUUUCCUUUAGAUCCAAGGUAUUCAAAAAUAAUACUUUCGUCGGUAAAUUACGGAUGUUUGGAAGACGUUGUCAAUAUAGUGUCUAUCUUAUCGACCGAUUCUCUUUUUGUGUCCAGUCUGUCUGAGAAGAAAAAGAAACAAGCAGAAGACGCUCAUGCAAAAUUUAAAUCGUCCGUUAGCGACCAUAUAAUGCUAUUAAAAACAUUCCGAUCCUAUAGAAAAAUAAGAAAAGAAUCUAAAAACAGCUGGUGUGAUGACAAUUUUAUAAAUGCUCGUAAUUUAGAAUAUGCGGAACGUGCUCGUGAACAAUUGCUGGACAUAUGUCGAUAUUUACACUUACCUAUUGGUCAAUCAUGUGGGGAUAAUUUUGAUCCCAUAAGAAAGUGUUUGUUGACUGGGUUUUUCGAAAACUUAGCCUACAUAACGCAAGACAAAAAAUAUAUAACGGUCAAUGCUAAAAAAGAAUGCAAAAUUCAUCCAACGUCAACUUUGUUUCAUUCUUAUCCUCAUUGUGUUCUGUACACAGAAAUUAUCGAAACUAGUCAACCAUACAUGAGAUACAUUACUGUGAUCGAUAAAGAAUGGUUACUCGACAUUGUUCCUAAUUUCCACCAACGGCAUAAUUAUCAAAUGUUAAUGAACAGUGACAUUUAGUUUUUGUUACAAUGUAUAAAUCAAUUUGUAAAAAAAUAAAACUGUUUUAACUUAUAUGUACUGAAUAACAAAUUAUAUAUUUCAUAUUUUUUUCAAU